UGCGCCCGUCGUGAUCCCUCCGCUUGUUGUCGGCCUCGCCUUCGCCUUUCCCUUCGGAAUCUAUUUUGCGGGUUUUCUCUGCACUGAUAAAGUGAUGAGGGCUCUUCUCUCCCACCCAUCUCCUGUUGUGGUCGUCGUCAAUGGCGAUAGCCAAGAAGAGGAGGAGGAGGAGGAUCAUCGUGAGAUUGAUAUUUGGCCUCCGACGAUUAUGGUAGAAGAUGAGGAGAUGCUGAAUGAACAAGAUGAAUUGGGAAUUGCGGAAUCUAAAAUGGUAGUGGAAGAAGAGGCGUCAAAGAAACAAAACGAGAGUGUAGAGAAAAGACAACUGGAAAUGCAGAGUGAUGAGACAGAUGCAGUAACUAUCGAGCAUGGGAUUGAGAUGAGGCUGCCGACCAUUAACAUAGACAUCACAAGAGAUGAAGGUAACAUGGAAGAAGAUACGAUCAGGUUCAUGAAUGCAUCUUCCCUCAAUGACCGGAAAGAUAUAAUACAAGAUAGUGGAUUGGAGGAAGAGGAGAGGCUGAUGCAAGAUGAAAGGCAGACAGAGGAGAAAGAGCAACAGAGAAAUAGAGAAGAUAACGAGAAGGGAAGAGAAAAUAUAAAUGAGCAGCAAAUUAUAGAGAGCUCCGAUUACCCAUUUUCUGUUGAUGUUAUUGGUACAGAAUCGGGGGAGAAAGUAAAUAGGAAGAUAGAGAAUGAAAAAGGAGACGGAGAAGUGGAGGAGUUUCAGUACAUGCUUACGGAAGUUUCUAUUGUGACAAGUGAUGAAAGCAACAAGGUGACCCAGCAAACUAAAUUUGUCGGGUACGAGAAGGAAGCUGAAGUUGAUACAGUAAAUCAAAUAAAGCUGAUGCUAGAAGGAAGAUCAAAGGGAAUGGAAGAUACGGUUACUGAUACGCCUCCUCUUGUCCUUGAGACUGAAGGAUAUCUCACAGCUACUGAUCGUCCUCUUGCUUCUGUUCCUGAAGACCGGGAUUUAUACUCCAAACGGUCUGAUUUAAGCUCAGAGCAUGCAUUUUUAGGCACGAGCUACAAAGUUAGAGGUGAUGUUGAACCAAUAGAAAUUGACAGGGGAGUAAUGGGAGAAGAGAGUGUAGAAAAAGAUAGAAGCACUGCUAUCCUCAAUAGAGGGACUGACAUGAUAACGGCUUAUGAUUCCGUUGUUGUGGCUCCUUCAGAGAAUGAGAGGGAGGUAGCACUAUGGAGCAGGAGCACAGAAUAUGCCUCUGCAGUUCAGGAUCAUUCUUUGGACAUGACAGAUGCCGAGUGCGGACCAGCAAAGAUAGUUAUUGAGACUGCUGAAGUGAAGGAAGAUGAUGAUGAUGAGGGAACAGUAGCGGAUGAAAUGAAACAAACAGAGGUGACGUUAGGAGGAAGGUCAGAGGAUGUCUCUGCUCUUGUUCUUGAGACCAAGGAACUUCUCACAGAUGUUGAUCAUUCUCUGGCCGCUAUUCCUGAAGAGAAGGCAUUGUCUACCGAUAGCUACGAAGAUGGAGGUAUUUUUAAACCAAUACAAGUAGAGGGAGGAGUAACGGGAGAGGAGAAUGUCGGAAAUGAUAGAAGUCCCGCUCUUUCCAAUGGCGAGGAUCAUGUGAUAACUGCUUAUGAUUACUUCGUUGGUUUGGCCCCUUUGAAGAGUGAGAGGGGGAUUGUAGUACCAAGCAUGAGUACAGAAUAUGCAUCUGCAGUUGCGGAUCAUUCUUUAGAUGCGAUUUACACCGAGAGUGGAUCAGCAAAGAUGAUUGUUGGGGCUGCUGUGGUGAAGGAAUCUGAUGAUGAGGAAGAAACAACAGUCGACAAAGUGAAACCAAAGGAGGUGAAAUCAGCAGAAAGAUCAAAAGGGAUGGUGGAUGAAGUCAAGGAUAUGGCUCCUCUUGUUCUUGAGGAGGCUGAGGACCUUCUCGCGGCUGUUAAUCAUUCUCUGACUGCCAUUCCUGAAGACAGUGUGAUACACUCCAAAGGUCACGACUUGGGCUCAGAGAACACAUUUUCCACCACGAGCUGCAAUGAUGGAGUUACUAAUAAACCAAUACAUGUAGAGGGAAGAAUAAAAAGAGAAGAGAACGUAGAAAUUGAUAGAAGUACUUUUAUUCUCAAUCGUGAGGAUCACGUGAUAACUGCUUACCAUUCCGUUGCUGUGGCCCCUUUGGUGGGUGAGAGUGACAUUCCAGUGUCAAGCAUGAGUGCAGAGUAUGCAUCUGCAGUUGAGGAUCACUCUUCAGACAUGACAGAUGCUGAGUCAGGAAAUGCAAAGAUAAUUGUUGAGACUGUCGAAGUGGAGAGAUCUGAUGAUGAUGAGAUUAUUUACAGCCAGGAGAUGAUAUGGGAGCAGCUACAUGCAAUGCGAACCAUUGUAGGAUAUAAAGCUGUAGCUUGUUCAUCGCUUGUAGAGGAAUUGAAGGCUCUGUAUCUCUUCACUGGAGUAGAACCUCCUGUUUCUCUCAAGGACACCUCUGAUUUGGUAGAGAUAGGGGACAAGGUCAAGUUCUUGAAAGCUGUAAUCGGAGUCAAAUAAACCCAUGUUUAUUAGGAUCUCUACUUGUUUUGUUUACCGGUGCAGUGGAAACUGUAGGCUUUAAUUAUGGAUCUUUAUGACACUGAAUAUGUUCUUUAGAAUGGUAA